AUGCGUCUUCAACUCCUCUCCGUUCUCAGCCUCCUCCAGGCAGGCGUGUGGGCUGCCCCAACCGCCACCGGCAGCACAGCAUCCUCAACUGCAGCCGCCUGGGACUUCAGAGCCGGGGCAGUCACAGAGUACCCAAUCCACUCCUCCUGCAACAUCACCCUGCGCCGCCAGCUCGAGCGCGCCCUCGAUGAAACCGUCGAGCUUGCCGAGCAUGCUCGCGACCACAUUCUCCGCUGGGGCAACGAGUCGCCCUUCUUCCAAAAGUACUUUGGCACCAACAGCUCGACGGCCAUGCCGCUGGGCUGGUUCAGCCGCGUCGCUGCCGCCGACCGCAGGGACAUGACGUUCCGGUGCGACGACCCGGACAAGAACUGCGCUACACAGGACAACUGGGCCGGACACUGGCGCGGCGCCAACGCGACCCAGGAGACGGUCAUCUGCGGCGCCUCGUUCGUCAAGCGGCGCUGGCUCGACUCGGUGUGCGGGCUGGGCUACACGGUGAGCGCGUCGCCGCUCAACACCUUCUGGGCGACCGACCUGCUGCACCGGGUGUUGCACGUGCCGCGCAUCAGCGAGGGUGUCGUCGACCAUUUCGCCGAGGACUACGAGGGCGUCGUAGAGCUGGCCCGGACGGAGCCGGAGAAGUCAGUCAUUGACAGCGACACGCUGCAGUACUUUGCCAUUGACGUCUAUGCUUUCGAUAUUGCAGCCCCGGGAGUGGGUUGCUCUGGGAACACGGAGUAA